AUGGAGCUGUCCCUUGGGCUGGCCGCCGCCUGGGCGCUGGGCCUGCUGGCAGGUAAGGGCGGCCACGGGGCGCGCCACGCGUCGCGGCGGCACGUGGGGAGCGGGGCCCGGGGGGCCCGGGGCAGCUCUCCGCGCAGGCCAGCGCCGGCAGCACAGGGAGCUCCCCGGGGGGCGCGGAGGGACCCCCGGCGGUUGCGUGGCCUCGAUCCUGCACGGGCGAAAGUCUCUGCCUCGGCGCGCCCCAGCCGCUUCCAGCUCAGCAGGCGAGCGGGGCCGGGCCGGCUCGUGUCGGGGGCUCCGGGCCGGCGCCUUCCCCGUGGCCACGGGCCGGGCGUCCCGCACGCCGCUCAGCCCGGCGCCCUGCCGCUUGCCCGCCGGACCCGGCUGGGGGGAUUCUCUGAUGCCUUCAACAUCGAUACAAAGAGGCCUCGAAUUAUACCCGGCUCUAAAGAAGCAUAUUUUGGCUAUACGGUUCAGCAGCAUGAAAUCAAUGGGAAAAAAUGGCUGGUGGUGGGAGCUCCUUAUGAAACCAACGGACAGCAGAAGACUGGAGAUGUCUACAAGUGUUCUGUGAAUGUCGACGCCAACAGUACCUGUUCCAAGCUCAACCUAGGAAGAGUAACUCUUUCCAAUGUGUCGGAACGCAAGGAUAACAUGCGUCUGGGUCUGAGCUUGACCACAAACCCCAAAGACAACAGCUUUCUGGCCUGCAGCCCUCUCUGGUCUCAUGAGUGCGGAAGUUCUUACUACACCACAGGAAUGUGCUCCAGGGUGAACUCCAACUUCAGAUUCUCCAAGACGGUGGCUCCAGCACUCCAGCGAUGCCAAACGUACAUGGAUAUAAUUAUCGUGCUGGAUGGAUCCAACAGCAUCUAUCCUUGGGUGGAAGUCCAGCAUUUCCUGAUCAACAUCUUGAAGAAGUUUUAUAUCGGGCCAGGCCAGAUACAGGUUGGAGUUGUGCAGUAUGGGGAGAACGUGGUGCACGAGUUCCACUUGAACGACUACAGGUCUGUGAAGGACGUGGUGGCCGCUGCCAGCCAUAUCGAGCAAAGGGGAGGCACGGAAACCCGGACCGCGUACGGGAUUGAGGUUGCACGCUCUGAAGCUUUCCAGAAAGGUGGGCGGAAGGGAGCCAAAAAAGUGAUGAUUGUCAUAACAGAUGGAGAGUCCCACGACAGCCAAGACCUUGAGAAAGUAAUCGAAGACAGUGAGAAAGAUAACGUCACCAGAUAUGCCGUUGCUGUUCUUGGUUAUUACAACAGACGAGGAAUCAAUCCGGAAGCCUUUUUGAAAGAAAUAAAAUUUAUAGCGAGCGAUCCAGAUGAAAAGCAUUUCUUCAAUGUCACUGAUGAAGCUGCUCUGAAAGAUAUUGUCGAUGCUCUCGGAGAAAGGAUUUUCAGUUUGGAAGGCACCAACAAGAAUGAAAUAUCCUUUGGGCUUGAAAUGUCCCAGACGGGAUUUUCAUCACACAUUGUGGAAGAUGGGGUUUUGCUUGGAGCGGUAGGUGCUUAUGACUGGAAUGGAGCAGUUCUCAAGGAAACCAGCAGUGGCAAAGUUGUUCCCCACCGAGAAUCCUACCUUCAAGAAUUCCCAGAGGAGCUGAAGAAUCAUGGAGCGUACCUAGGUUACACCAUCACCUCAGUUGUGUCUACAAGACGUGGCAGGAUUUAUGUUGCGGGGGCACCCCGAUUCAACCACACGGGGAAAGUGAUAAUUUUCACGAUGCACACUGACCGGAAUCUCUCCAUCCACCAGUCGCUGAAAGGGGAACAGAUUGGCGCCUAUUUUGGAAGUGAAAUCAGUUCUGCAGAUGUUGAUGGCGACGGGAUCACCGAUGUCCUCUUGGUUGGAGCACCCAUGUAUUUCAGCGAAGGGAGAGAGAGGGGGAAGGUGUACGUCUAUGUUCUAAAAGAGGACCAAUUUAUUGCCAAUGGGACCCUGGAAGACUUCCCAAGCGACCAGAACUCCCGCUUUGGUUUCUGCAUCACAUCCAUCCCGGACUUGAAUCAGGACUCCUAUCACGACAUUGUUGUGGGUGCCCCUCUGGAAGACGAGCACCAAGGGGCCAUCUACAUCUUCCAGGGCUACAAGGAGAACCUCCUACGGAAAUAUAAGCAGAGAAUUGCAGCGGCUGACCUUUCUCCAGGAUUGAGGUAUUUCGGGUGCAGCAUCCACGGGCAGCUGGAUCUGAAUGAAGAUGGGCUGAUUGACCUGGCCGUGGGCUCUCUCGGAAGUGCUGUGCUUUUAUGGUCCCGCAGUGUGGUCCGCAUCCGAGCCAGCAUCCAGUUUGAGCCGCCCAAGAUCAACAUCUUCCACAAGGAUUGCACCCGGAACGGAAAGGAAGCCACUUGUCUGUCUGCGCUGGUUUGCUUCACGGCCAUUUUCCUCUCGGCGCACUUUCAGAUGGCCAACGUGGCGCUGAAUUAUAAUGUCACUAUUGAUGAACGCCGGUAUGUCCCACGCGCCCAUCUGGAUGAAAACGGAGACCGGCACGCCCACAAGGCGGCCAUGUUGCUUGCGGGACAAGAGCAGUGUGACCAGCUGGAUUUCCACGUCAUGGACACAGCCGAUUACGUGAAGCCCGUGGCUUUCUCAGUUGACUACGCCCUGGAUGGUCCUGACAGUGGCCCGGUGAUGGAUGACGGGUGGCCGACCUCGCUGAAAGUCGCUGUUCCUUUCUGGAAUGGGUGUAACGAGGACGAGCACUGCAUCCCUAAUUUGGUCCUGGAUGCUAAAGCUGACCUUCCGAGUGCCGUGGAGUAUUGCAGACGCGUCCUGAGAAAGUCGCAUUCGGAUUGCUCGGCCUACGCGCUGUCUUUUGACACCUCCGUUUUUGUCAUAGAGAAUUCCAGGAGGAGGGUGGCAGUCGAAGCAACGCUGGAGAACCGAGGGGAAAAUGCAUAUAACACCGUUCUAAACAUUUCCUUCUCGCGAAACCUGCAGUUUGCAAGCUUGAUUCAGAAGGAUGACCUGGACAUCAACAUAGAAUGCAUGUCUGAAGAAAAGCAUCCGAACAGGAGGGUUUGCAAUGUCAGCUAUCCGUUCUUCCGUGCAAAAGCAAAGGUGGCUUUUCGCCUGGAUUUUGAAUUCAGCAAGACCGUUUUCCUGCAGAACUUGGAGAUCUUUCUGACUGCCAACAGUGAGAGUGAGGAACUGGAAGGCACCAAAGAAGACAACUCGGUGCUCCUGAAGCUUCCACUGAAGUAUGAAACCGACCUGCUUUUCACCAGGACUUCCAGCCAGGACUAUUAUGAGAUUGUGUCAAACAGUUCCCUGGAGAGAGAUGACAGCGUUGGCCCUCCCUUUAACUGCACUUUUAAGCUUCAGAAUCUGGGCCUCUUUACUGUUGACGGGCUGGCCGUCAGAAUCACGGUCCCGGUGGCCACGCGGGGAGGGAACCGCCUGCUUCAGCUGCUGGAUUUCAAGGUAAUCAAUGAGGAAACUACGAUCUGUACAAUUGGGGGCAACAACACUGACUACCGCAGGACACCUUCGGAUGAAGACUUGGGCCGCCACCCCCAGCUGAACCACAGUAAUUCUGACGUGAUCUUGAUCGAGUGCAGCGUGACACUGGCUGCUGGUGAAGAAGUGAACUUCUGCCUACGCGGCCAUCUGUGGAUGAAGUCACUCCGAGCUCUGAAGUUCAAGUCCCUGAGAUUCGUGAUCAACGCCGCCUUGCAGAGGGGGUUCCGCAGUGCCUUCGUCUUUCGAGAAGAGGAGCCCAGCCGGCAGAUAACGUUUGAAAUCUCCAAGCUAGAGGAGUCUCACAUCCCCACCUGGAUCAUCAUUGGGAGCACGCUCGGCGGCCUCUUGCUGCUGGCACUUCUUGUGCUGGCACUGUGGAAGCUCGGUUUUUUCAAAAGUGCCAAUCGCAAGAGAGACCCAGCGCAAGACCAGAACUCCAAAGACUUGGACUGACGCCUCCGGAUCCCAGAGGAA